AUGCUCUUGUACUAUUUCACACUGAUCAUAGUGUUUAUAGGAAAUGCUGGAGCUAAGACUCGAAUAGUUACUUUGACAACACAACGAGAAUCAUUAGUGAUUUAUGGUGGAAAACUCACUGAUUACCCGUUAUUAGCGGUCGAGGCUGAAUGCCCAGAUAAUGAAUGUCGAGUUCUCGUCGAAUUUGCAAUCACAAACAUCAAGAACACAACAUUUACUCUUUUUUCGCAAGAUGGCCUUUACACAUAUGCUCAUGAAACCAUUGCACCAGUUUUUAAUCUCUCAACGCCGGUUUCCUUCUUGAGUGACUCUAAAUCGGAUCCAAAUUUUGUGGUUUCGUUUCGCUUGUGGAGGGGAAAUGAAGUUGGCUGGCUGCCGACUGUGUUGACGCCAGUGAAUGAAAAUGGAACAGGUCUGGUAGAAUUGGACGGGGCAAAAACAAGGGCGACCACUUUGGCGCUCGAGAGACACGAUCAUCCUGUGCUCAAAAUUCUUAUUCCCCAGGUGAGUGAAGGAUGUGCUAUGCAUGUUUAUGCGGGUGGAUUGCCGAGCGCCGAGUCGAUCGCCAAUUCUGACACUUUACUUUUCAAAUUUGAUGGAUCGGCACCAUUUCAAAAUAGCUUCCUGAAAAAUGAAGUCAUCACUGUAUGGGUUCCCGAAAAUUGCACGGCUUCUCUUAAAUAUCAUGCCAUUAAACCCGAAACCCUUGAAGUGGGGACUUUCAAACCGUCGGUUGGUGUACUCACAAGUUAUGAAUGGAAAGAUCCAUUUGCCGAUACAGCUCUUUACAAUGAAUCGCUCGAUUUUUAUCUUUUAGGAGACGAAGGCGAACCGAAUCGUACAAUCUACUUGGUUGUUCAAACCAAUCCAUCGAGUGACGGUUUCUUGUGGAUUGAGUUGGCGACAGCAAGUGGAAAUCCUAUCUGGGAAGCCAACAUCACCACAACUGAGAGUUUCACCUGCCGUGCACAUGGACAAAGCCUUUCUGCCAAAUGGCAACCGGGUUUCGAGGAGAUUUCACAAGGGUUUUCGAUUUUCUACUGGAUCGUUGAUGGGGAUGAGCCUAUUCAUUCAAGCACUCAUUCAAGCCGAAUCCCCUCCACAACCACUAUGAAAACAACAGAGAGUGCCUCAACGACUGAUGAUCGGGAAACAGAUGGCGAAAUAUCGGAAAAGACCACAAUCCCUACAAUAGUCACCAAAGCAACGGGAAAAACAGUUCCAACGACAAUUCACCCAAAAACGACAACGACUUUGAAAACUAGUGCCGCUCACAAGAAACAGGCAAACCAUAACUUACUUUCAACAAUGAUUUGUAUUCUCAUCCUUGUAUUCAUUAAU